AUGGAAAAGGUACUGCCUGCCGGUGACCAAGGGGUCGGCUUCACAUUGAGCAACAACCUCUCACCAACAACACCAAGAGCGGAACAGGGCAUUGAUACAACCACGACCCAAAAUACUGAACACUCCCAAAGGCCUAAAAAUAAUCUUCACAGUCUUGCGAAAACCAUCACCACACGCUCCAACGCAUCGAUCGUCGACCCAGGACCACCUCCGGAUGGCGGCACCAAAGCAUGGACACAAGCCUGCAUGGGUCAUCUCGUCGUGUUCAACACAUGGGGCAUGAUAUCUACGUUUGGUGUGUUCCAACAAUACUACACCGCUGACCUUGGUUUUGAACCUAGUGCCGUAUCAUGGAUUGGCUCAAUGCAGAUGCUGGGUCACUUCUCGCUCGGCAUGUUUACUGGCCGUAUGUUUGACGCCGGAUACUUCUAUUGGAGCCUAAUACCCGGCAUGUUUUUGAGUGCUCUGGGGAUUUUCAUGACAAGCUUGUGUACCAAGUAUUGGCAGUUCUUCCUAGCGCAGGGCUUGAUGAACGGGAUUGGAAAUGGUAUGCAAUUUGCACCAAGCCUAUCGCUGGUCAGCACAUACUUCGCGAAAAAUAGAAGUGUCGCGCUUGCAAUCAUGGCGUCGGGUUCUGCGACCGGUGGACUAGUGUACCCAACGAUUGCGCGACAGUUACUUCCCAGGAUCGGGUUCCCAUGGACGCUUGCUGAAGCCACGUUUGCCACCGAGAAGAUCUGGGCCUUUACUGGAAUUGACCUGUUCCUGCUUGCCGUCUUCUUGAUCUGUCUCGGCCAGUACUUUGCAUUCUACUACAUCUCGUCUUUCGCCACGAACGUACUCGAAUUACCGUAUGCAACGGCUAUCAACGUUCUCCUGGUCCUCAACGGCAUUGGAGUCUUGGGUCGACUUGUUCCCAGCUACUUUGCGGAUCAAUUCUUUGGAUGCUACAACAUGCUCAUACCAUUCUGCUUCAUCUCUUCUAUCAUAUUGUUCUUCUGGCCACUCGUUAAGGAUACAGGUGGACUUUAUGGAUGGGCUGUCAGCUAUGGAUUUUUCGUAGCUGGCUUCCAAGGAAUGUUUCCAGCCGUACUCACAAGUCUCACCAAAGACAUGUCAAGAGUUGGAACGAGAAAUGGGAUGGGCCUCGCGAUUAUCGGUCUUGGAACGCUCAUUGGACCGCCUAUCGCCGGAGCACUGAUUCAGAGCUAUGGAGGAAGCUACUUGGUCGCGCAAAUGUUUGGUGGUGCUGCUGUAUUCUUAGGAAGUGUUGUGCUUCUGAUUGGGAGGUUGAGUAUAACUGGCAUGCAUCUGAAGGUCAGGAGAUAA